AUGGCUGUUCGAACUUCAGCAGCUGUGCCGGCAACUAUGUUUACCAUCGUGCUUCGGCCGAGGAUCCCUCUCGGCUCGAUUAUGCUGCAGUGCUGCUUUACUGCAACCAAAGGCUGGCGAAAGUGGACAUCGGAGGAAGACUCACAGCUGCGAAAGUUGGUGACAGAAAGGAAGUCCAACUUUGGAAUAUAUUCGUUUUUCCCGGACAGGACGUGGAGCAGUAUUCGUUCGCGUGGAAAGCGUCUGCGUCGCGAAAUGGGCGUUGCCGGACCCAAUUUCUGGACCGACGAGGAGAUCGCUAUCGUAAAGCAGACCAAAGCCUCUGGAACGCCUCUGAGGGAGACAUUUGGCUCGUUGCCUCGCCGGUCGCUUAAUGCGAAAUGGAAGAUCCCGGUGGACAGGGAAAGAAGGGACCCUCGAUUCAGAAGUGGUGAAAACUUUACGGCCGAAGAUCAUCACAGCGUUUGCCGUCUGCGCGAGGAGUUGCGGAUCAAAUGGGAAGAGAUUGCCGGAGCGCUGCAGAGGAAUGCAAAUUCGAUAAAGUCAUUCUAUUACCACCGACAGAAGGCUACGACCAACGUGCGUGAAACCAAUGCUCAGAACUCGUGGACGAAUACCGAUACGAACACAUUGAGAGACCUCGUUGCGCAAGGCAGAUCAGAGAUGCAACUCGCGGAGCAGAUGAAGCGCUCGCAACCCAUGAUCCACAGGAUGAAGGCCGAGCUGUACCAUCGCGAGCCGGGACUGAGUCAAGGCUCCUUAUGGACUGCCAAGGAAGACCAAACUGCUCGAGGAAGCUUUCAAAUCCGGUUUGCAGGCUUAGCAGAUUCAGGCCUGGAUAUUACCGCGAAAGACUGA